UUGAGCCGUUGGUAUUGUGUUGACGAGAGGAAGUGUGGAGGGAAUUGGUUGGGACACCUGCUUUGAGCAACCAAAGGGCAGACACAUGAUAACUUCCUCCUCGCUAUUCCAGCUAACAGAAAAAAAGGCAUGUCACUUUCAAAACCUCCUCUUCCUUUCAUAUCGGGCCACAGAGCUUUUAAUGAGAGAGCGCGUUUGGAGAAGCAUGACUGAAUUGUGGGUUCUCCUUUUCUUUAUCGUGCAUGACUGGCUGGUCUUGUGAGCGGAUGAGUGUCUAUCUGUGCCGACUGGUGCUUGGUGGAUUAAAAGACCGAAGACGGUUGGAACUUGGAUCAUGACGACAGAGAGAAACAGCAAAGCCCUGAAGGUGAAACAGGAGUGUGGCGAGAAUGUGCCCUACCUGUCCGACAACGAGCUCAUGUCCCUCUCGGUCCGGGAGCUGAACCUCCACCUGCGUGGUUUGGCCCGUGAGGAGAUCCAGAAGCUGAAGCAGCGGCGUCGCACCUUGAAGAACCGGGGCUACGCCGCCAGCUGCCGGGUCAAGCGCGUCUCGCAGCGGGAGGCGCUGGAGCAGCAGAAGAUGGAGCUCCAGCGGGAGGUGGAGAGGCUCGGCGCAGAGAACGCCGGCAUGAGGAAAGAGCUGGAGGGCCUUGGCGCACGUCUGGCCGCCCUGCAGAGAUUCGCCAGGGGUCUGGAAGCCGGCGGCGGCAACCUGCUCGCUACGGCCCCGCGCCUCAACACCGCCUCAGUCAUCACCAUUGUCAAGAGUCCACCACAGCCUCAGCCACAGAGAGAACACGAGCCGUCCUAGAAGGAGCUGCUGGAACCAGACUCAAGGGGCAGGAGGGGGGGAGGAGGUGCACAACCUGCAAUGCAAACACACACACACAGAGACACACACACACACAUGCUGGAGAACAAUAGGAAAAUUAGUAGGAAAAAUCUUGGUUUGCAUCACACCUCGUUCACAUUAUUAUAUGCAAGUGUCACUGAACCCUGUGUUGACAGAGCAGCGUGUCAUGUCACCGCACAAACAGCUACGCUUCGCUUCUCCAUAGUAACAGCUGAAAAAAAAAAAACCCAUCUCGGACAAGUACGUGUCCUUGUACUCGAAGCUAUUUUUAUAACACUGCAGCUUUGCUGACUGAAACGUACUGAAGUGUGUUUGUUUAGAGAACUCCAAAAGUUUACAGGUAUGUUAAAGAACAAGGCAGCAGGUGUAAUGUGAACGAGGCGCCGACCACUGACACUCUCUCUCUCACACACACACACACACACACACACACACACACGCAUCACCCCUCACCCUCAUUCCCCGAUCUGCGGGAGGGCCACACACUGACUAACUGGACUCCGACUGAAGCCAGACCAACAAAAAC